GUAUCGUGGAAAAAGGUUUUAUACGGUGAUUCACAUUAUAGUUGCUCGUUGGUCACUUUCAUCUCUCUUAUCCCUUUGCUUCCCCCAUUGAUUCAUCUCUCCUCGUUUUCUCUCUGGAUCUGAGCGAUACACCAUCCCUCUCUGUUUCAUCUCUCUAAGAUAACUAAACUAUCAAAAAAAAAAAAAAAAGUAGAUUUGAUAAUACAAAGCAGUGGAUGAUAAAGAGGAGAAACUAGUGUAUAAGAGAAACAGCAUGUGUUGGUUCACUAGUUGUGUUGACGUAUACCGCAAAGUUGUGCGCUUGAAUCUCUAUUGCCGUGUCAUUCUGUAAAGAUCUCUUCUUCUUCCUUCUUUUAACCAACCCUCCCCUCCCCACUACUCUUAAAAACCUUCUUCUUUUCUUCACCCAUCUUACUCUUCUUUUCAAUAUGGGAUCCCAACAUUUCUACGUGUACCAUUGUGAACAAAGAAUCAGCUAGACACAACAAAAAAGCUCGAUCCUUCUUUCUUCUUUUCGGUUGGUCUCUCUCUCUCGCUCUCUCUCUGCAAUUCAAUCAAGGUUUUCCUCAAAGUUAUGGUGUGUCAGUCCCCUGGUAAGACAAGAUUUCGAGCAUUGAAAUACGAGACAGGAGACGCUAACAGACCAGCUAUUGUAGUGAGAGUUAUUGCAUGCUUCCAACCCAUGGAUAAUUGCCAGGCUGAAUACUUCAGACUUCUACUCAAACCAGUCACGUAGUUGGUUUUGUCAUUUUCCGCUGUGUUGUUUUUCGUUCGUUUUGCCUCUUCUUUCUUUCUUUCUUUCCCUCACUACUUAUUCAAGAGGGUAACCAGAAGUAUUGCAUUCACCUGAUUGAGCUACUUAACAAUCGUGUUUGUACUCUUUAAAGUUACCUAACUGCAGCAAGAGCAUGCCUCUUGAUACCAGGCAACGUGAUUUGCCUCCUCAACCUUGCUUUGAGGAUAUAGCUGCUCCGUCUCUCCCUGAGCUUGGGAAACUAUAUGCAGCUGAGCUUCGUGCUCCCUAUUUGCAGCCGCCGCCGCCACUCCAGUCUCUUCUGUGGAGUCAUGAUAAACGGUUCUCUCUGUCUGACAUGAGGUCUUGGUGUGCUGCUGCUGCUGCUACUACUCCACAUGGAGCAUUAGAGUCUUCUCAGAAAGGACUUAUGAUAUUCGAUCAGUCAGGAAACCAGACUCGUCUACUACGAUGUUCAUUUCCCCUACGGUUUCCAUCUCUUGCGGCUGCAGAGCCAGUGAAACUCAAUCUCUCUGAGUUACAGCACGGUCUGGAGAAAGGUUUCAGGGAAGAUCAUGUUACUUUGAAGGAGUUUGACGAGAAGAACUGUGUAAAUGGAAAAGUGUCGGAGAUGCAUGAAGACACUGAGGAGAUCAAUGCAUUGCUCUAUUCAGAUGAUGAUUAUAACGAUGAUUGCGAGAGUGAUGAUGAUGAUGAAGUAAUGAGCACUGGUCACUCUCCUUAUCAAGUUUGCAACAAAAGGGCAUUGGAAGAUAUAGAUAGUCCUUGUAAAAGGCAGAAACUACUGGAUAAGGUAGAAAACAUCAGUGUCUCAUCAUCAUCAUCACUUGUGGGCAGUAAAAGCUCAACAAAGCUCCCUGAAUCAAACAUCUCGACCAAAGAAGACACUGGUUCUGGUCUGAGCAACGAGCAGUCGAGAAAAGACGAGAUCCGCACAGCUCUGAAAAUACUCGAGAGCAUAGUUCCUGGUGCAAAAGGAAACGAAGCUCUCUUACUUCUAGACGAAGCUAUUGAUUACCUAAAGCUGCUGAAACGUGACUUAAUCUCCACAGAGAUUAAGAACCAUUGCUAGACCCUAAAACCUCUCCACCACUCACCACAUUUUUAUCUGUAAAAAAAGAAGACAAGAUGGGGAACAAGAAAUCUACAGACAAAUCAGGCUUGAAGAUUCUCACGUGUGGAGUGGGUUUAGGGUACGUAUCCUCUGCACCAGCUUUUUUAGCUGUAUCUAGUGGACUACUUUAGGUUAUAUAUAUGCUUCUGCAAUUUUCAAAAAUGUUGAAAGAAGAAAAAGAAGGGCCAAAGUCAUCAUGGACACUGAUCGACAAUGAUUAUCUUUUGUGGCUUAGUGUGGAUGGUGAAAUCAAAAGUUGCAAUAUUCAAAGUCUCAUCUCAAACUCGCGUGGUCUAUAAAUCUCCCCUAAGGUAAUAAUGAUAAAAAGAUCUCUGACCCACACUCUCUUUUGUCUAUGUGAUGACUUAAAGUGGGUCCAUUGGUUUUGUUGAAUUGAUCUCAUGUUCAUGUAAUAAAUUUUAGUGUCUGUAAUAAUGCAAACCCUUCCUUUGUCUUGUUGCUUCUCCACUUGCUACUCGGUUUUGUCUUUGAGUCUCUGUUCAUUGUUCAUGUUCUCUCAGUGUCUAUGUAUUGUAUCAAAGAUGAUUGUAUUUUGUCGUUUCGGUUUUGUAAUAUACCGAUGAUAUAAAACUUGGUC